AUAUGGGCCAACUCAUGAAUGAUUGGCCCAAGAUAUCAUCGAUAAUAUUUCAUAUUAGCGAGGUUAGCGACCUGAAGUCCUGAACCACCACCAAGUUCAACCGGUACACACCAUGACUACCACCAUGGCCCCUCCCCCGCCCAAAAUCGUCGCUGACGAGGCCUCCACCUCCGAUUCAGCAAAACCUGCCGCGAUGGAUCCUCCGCCGCCCAGAAACCCCAACCCCUCUGAACCCGAAAGCUACGCCGGGCCUUCCGAGAACCUCCCCGGGGAACCGGAAUUAAACCCUACCCCUCCCGAUACUACCACGGGGAAGCCUGCGAAGAUUUCUAAUUCCACUGACAUCUCAAACGACGGCGAAGCUUCCGGUGACGGGAAGCAACAGGAUCAACGGAAUAGGAACGCGGCGGUGCCGUACACCAUUCCUCCAUGGAGUGGCCCCCCUGACCGUCACUUCUUCAUCGAAGUCCUCAAAGAUGGCGCCAUCGUUGAUCAACAUGAUGUGACUGAGAAGGGAGCUUACAUGUUUGGUCGUGUGGAUCUUUGUGAUUUUGUGCUCGAGCAUCCUACCAUUUCUCGUUUUCAUGCGGUUGCUCUCCUGGAAGUCUUUUCUUUUUCUCCUUUUCACCUCUUGAACAUACAAUGUUCUCCAUGCUCAUCUGGAGAGGCAUUCCAAUGGAAGCAAGUUCUGAAAUUUCAAGUAGUCUUUUAUUUGUUACUCUCAGUUGGGGUUUUAGUUCUUCAGUUUAAGAGCAAUGGAGGUGCAUAUCUCUAUGAUCUUGGCAGCACACACGGGACAUCUAUAAACAAGAAUCAGGUAAAGAAGAGGGUUUAUGUGGAUUUGAAUGUUGGUGACGUCAUCCGGUUCGGCCUAUCAUCAAGGCUGUACAUAUUCCAAGGGCCGCCUGACCUGAUGCCACCAGAAGCUGAUUUGAAGAGUUUAAGAACUGCAAAAAAUCGACAAGAGAGGCAAGACAUGGAAGCAUCACUUCUCCGAGCUAAAGUUGAAGCUUCUCGUGCAGAUGGGAUUUCAUGGGGCAUGCAAGAAGAUGCUGUUGAGGAAAAUGAGGAUGAUGUCGAGGAAAUAACUUGGCAAACUUACAAAGGACAGCUGACAGAGAAGCAAGAAAAGACGCGAGAGAAAGUUAUCAAGAGACUUGAAAAGAUUGCUCACAUGAAGAAAGAGAUUGACGCAAUACGGGCGAAGGAUAUUGCUCAAGGUGGCUUGACACAAGGACAACAAACUCAGAUUGCUAGAAAUGAGCAAAGGAUGUCACAGAUAAUGGAAGAGCUUGAGAACUUGGAAGAGACGCUGAAUGAAAGUAUUCGGGAAAGUUUAGGUGCAAGAGGGAAGUUGUCCCGUGGUAAGAAGGGCGCUAUGGACGAUGAUGAAGAAGAUUAUUUGAGUGACGAUGACGAGUUCUACGAUCGAACAAAGAAGUCCUCAAAGCACAAGCCUGGUGAAAACCAAUCAGUUGAAACAGCCGAUUCUCUUCUUGAUAAGAAGGAUGCUCUUACGAAGCAAAUACAAGAUAAGGAAAAGUUGCUUCUCGAGGACGGUGAAGCAGCAGAGACAAAUGAGGUGGCUGAAGCUGGCGAUGCACUUGAUGCGUAUAUGUCGGCCAUGUCGUCUCAGCUAGUUUUGGAUCGUAAGGAGAAGCUCCAGAAAGAGAUGUCCACCCUUCAGUCUGAGCUGGAUAGGAUUCUCUAUUUGCUGAGAAUAGCGGACCCAACCGGAGAAGCAGCUAAGAAAAGAGAAUCCAAAUUCCAAAAUCCUAAAACGACAGUGAGCAAGAAACCCUCUUUAGACACGAGCAAUCGACCCUUGCCCCAAAAUAAUCUGGAAAUCAGCCCCUCAUCAAGCAAAAAUAAGCAAUUAGGCCCAGUAGCCUCACCAGUCAAAUCCAGUCAAGAGAAAACCAAUGCCAACUCAAUAUCAGAACCUGACGUGAAGAAAGAAGAUCCGGAGUUGAAAAGUGAAGAGAGUGGUACUCCUACUGUAUUUACCGUUGCUAAGCCUCAAUGGCUUGGUGCUGUUGAGGACACGCAAAAGCAAGAAACUACUCGAGAGGUCUCUGUAGAUACACAGGACACAGCUGAUCAGUUUGUAGACUACAAAGACAGGGAAAAAAUUCUGAUCAAAACAGAAUCUUUGUCAGGGGACCAGGGAAUAGAAGAUGCUGCACCUGGACUGAUAAUUAGAAAACGUAAGCAAGUCGAGAAGUCAAAAGCUAGUGAGGCCAAAGAUCCUGAAGAGACUAAUAACAAUAAUGGCUCGGGGUUUAAGGCAGAAGAUGCUGUGGCAUUGUUAUUGAGGCAUUCAAGAGGAUACCAUGCUUCAGAGGAGGAAGAUGGGUCGAUUAGUGGAGAUGUUUUGAUCGAGAAAGAAGGAAAGAAAGAGGGGAAAAAGGCCAAACGGGUGUUGGGCCCUGAUAAACCCGCCUUUGUUGAUGAGCCUGAUUAUACUACUUGGGUGCCUCCUGAAGGGUUCACUUGGCUGAGGUUUUAUCGGAUUACAUUUUACCACACUUGUGAUUGUAUGAAGAGAGUUAGUGGCUACUUGGUGCUUUACUGA